UAAAGUUAAACCAAGAUGAUGUUACAACUGUAUAUCUUGUCCCAUGUGAAUAUAAAAAAAAUUUUUUUUUCCAAGGGAAAUGGUAACAAAUGGGACACUCUAGAGGAUGGAUGUUCAACUCAGAUUCAUAAUGCAGUAUUGGAUCAAACCAUGCUGGAAUUGCAGUUACUUAAUUAUCUUGAUCAAAAUUGGAAAAGCGAGUACCAUAUAAGAACUAAUCAGCAAGAAAUUGGCUUCAUCACAUUCUCCUGUAUCACUGAAAUGGAUAAGACUGAACUAGAUAUUGCUGUUCAUGUGACCUAUACAACUGGACAAAUGAUCAUAGCAAUUCACAGUCCGUAUUGGAUGGUAAACAAAACUGGCCGAAUGUUGCAAUACAAAGCUGAUGGCAUUCACCGCAAGCAUCCUCCUGAUUACAAAAAGCCACUUCUUUUUUCUUUCCAGCCAAAAAAUUUCUUCCAAAAUAACAAGGUGCAGCUUAUGGUGACUGACAGUGAACUGUCUGAUCAGUUUUCUCUUGAUACUGUUGGUAGUCAUGGUUCUGUUAAAUGUAAGAGUCACAAAAAGGAGUACCAAGUUGGUGUUACCAUAGAUAACAGCAGUUUUAAUAUUACAAGAAUCGUCACUUUCACCCCCUUUUUUAUGAUCACAAACAGAAGCAAAUAUACUUUAGAGGUAGCUGAAGAAGGCAAGGAGAAAUGGAUUCCUAUCACUUUUCAUCAGGGGUCUGAGAAUCAAUGGGAGAAGGAACUUGAUGGCAUGUGCAUUCCCUUUUGGCCUGAAAACGAUUCAAAUAAACUGCUGAUUAGAGUUGAAAAUUCCAACAUUCCCCCCAAGAUGAUCUGUUUUAAUAAGCAAGAAAACUGUACAUUGCUGUAUUUGGACAAUAAGCUUGGUGGCAUUAUAGUGGAUGUUAACCUGACCGAACAUUCUACAGUAAUUACUUUAUCAGAUUACCAUGAUGGUGCAGCUCCAUUCCUGUUAAUUAAUCAUACCAAGGAGGAGAUGAUUGAGUAUGGGCAGAGGUACGUAUGUAAUGUUAUAAAACUCUCCAUAGCAUAG